GUGGCGUAGCCUUGUCCUUUCCUUCUUCUCCCCCCGUCAUUAAUGAUUUAUGAAAGCAAAAUGAUUUUUUCAAUUCUCGCGGUACCCAGAAAAAGCCUCGCUCUGUUCUGUACACUGUGGAAUAGACAAACGGGCAGAGAUCUUGAGCAUCAUACAUAUAUAUAUAUAUGAAUGAAUGUUUGUGUAUAUAAAUAAGGUGGGCUUGAGCAAAGGUGGCGGUGGAAGUGCUUUAGCAUUUUGCUUUAGCUUUAUACGCGACAGAAGAAAAGAAGUCUGAUCCAAAGCGAGAAAAAAUAACUAAAGAAGUUGAGAGAGAGAGAGAAAGAGAGAUUCCUUCAAGUCGCGGGGAGGAAUUUUGGUUCUUCUCGCUUUCGGGGGAGGGUUUUCCUUUUCCUUUUUCGCCAUCUUCACACUAGCUUUAUGUCUGUUCGGAUUUUGAAGGUCGGUUACCGGGUGUAUGUUAUUGUUGCCCCAUUGUUAAGCGCCUCUUGAGUUCUUCAUCGUUUUCCUUCGAGGGAAGACUAGAGGGUUUUCACUGUAUUGCUUUUCCGUUUAAGUUUUCUUCUUCGUUUUCUCCCUAGUUCUUAUCUUGUGUUCCUGUUUUCGUUUACAUUCGAGUGGCCCUUUUGUUUUCUUCUUCUUUUCCCCAUCUGGGUUUGCGGGAGUUCUGUGAGGUUAUCUGGCGUGACCUGUUUCUGGGGAUUGAGGCAUCUGGGUUUUGGUGAAGUGAAGACGACUUCAGAACUAAAUCCCAUUUUUUAUUUUGAUUUGUGGUUUUUGAGAGAUUUGGGAUUCGGGUCCGUUUAGAGAUUCGGGCAUUGCUGUGUAGGAAGUUAGGAACUUAUUUUAAUAGAGUGAAGGAGUAAAAGAAGAGAGACACAGCAGAGUGAGAGAACCAUGGCAGGUGGUGGAGGUGGAGGUGCCGCGCCGCCCCCGAAACAGGAAGAGCUGGUGCCACAUCUCGUCAGGGAUCAGCUUCCUAAUGUCUCUUACUGCAUUACAAGCCCUCCCCCCUGGCCUGAGGCCAUCCUGCUUGGCUUUCAGCAUUACAUAGUGAUGCUUGGCACGACAGUUCUCAUUCCCACUCUUCUAGUUCCCCAAAUGGGAGGAAACAACGAGGACAAAGCAAAAAUGAUUCAGACAUUACUAUUCGUUGCUGGGUUGAACACAUUAUUUCAAACACUUUUUGGGACUCGAUUACCCGCUGUGAUUGGAGGAUCUUUUACCUUUAUGCCGGCAACCAUUUCAAUUGUCUUAGCUGGACGAUACAGCAGCAUUGUGGAUCCUCAGGAGAAAUUUGUGAGGAUAAUGCGAGGAAUCCAGGGUGCCCUUAUUGUAGCUUCGACCAUUCAAAUUGUCCUUGGGUUCAGUGGCCUUUGGCGUAAUGUAGCAAGGUUUAUGAGUCCACUUUCUGCUGUUCCUUUGGUUGCUCUGACAGGUUUUGGGCUAUAUGAGUUAGGAUUUCCUCUGCUGGCAAAAUGCAUGGAGAUUGGAUUGCCACAGAUCAUCAUUAUCGUGAUCUUUUCUCAAUAUAUACCUCAUGUAAUGGGCUCAGAUAAACAUGUAUUUGAUCGCUUUGCUGUUCUAUUUUCUGUGGUGAUUGUGUGGAUUUAUGCUCACCUACUCACAGUGGGUGGAGCCUAUAGACAUGCAGCAGAUCAAACUCAAAGAAGCUGCCGAACUGAUCGUGCUGGAAUAAUAGGUGGUGCUCCCUGGAUAAGAGUUCCAUAUCCAUUUCAAUGGGGCGCUCCUACAUUUGAUGCUGGUGAAGCUUUUGCAAUGAUGGCUACUGCAUUUGUUUCUCUUGUAGAGUCUACUGGUGGUUUCAUUGCUGUGUCAAGAUAUGCAAGUGCAACUCCUUUACCACCUUCUAUCCUCAGCCGCGGUGUUGGCUGGCAGGGAAUUGCCAUUUUGUUCUCUGGGAUAUUUGGAACUGGAAAUGGAUCAUCAGUUUCUGUUGAAAAUGCUGGAUUGUUGGCAUUGACACGUGUUGGCAGCCGAAGGGUUGUGCAGAUUUCAGCUGGGUUCAUGAUUUUCUUUUCUGUACUUGGGAAAUUUGGAGCUGUCUUUGCUUCUAUUCCAGCACCAAUCGUCGCAGCUUUGUAUUGCCUUUUCUUUGCUUAUGUCGGUUCUGCAGGACUAAGCUUCCUUCAGUUUUGCAAUUUAAACAGCUUCAGGACAAUGUUUAUACUAGGUUUCUCUGUUUUCAUGGGCUUAUCAAUACCUCAGUAUUUCAAUGAGUACACAGCCAGUAAGGGCUAUGGUCCUGUCCACACCAGUCAAAGAUGGUUCAACGAUAUGAUCAACGUGCCUUUCUCAUCAGAGCCAUUCAUUGCUGGAUUGUUGGCAAUGUUCCUCGAUGUCACACUGUACCGGAAAGACAACACAAUUAGAAAGGAUCGCGGCACACACUGGUGGGACAGGUUCCAGUCAUUCAAGACUGAUACAAGGAGUGAAGAAUUUUAUUCCCUGCCUUUUAAUCUCAACAAGUUCUUCCCAUCAGUUUGAUUUGGGUUGGAAUGCACUUCAGGGUUUUGGACGCUUUGUUAGUGGUGUAAUCCACAGAUACCCAAUUGCCUGGGGGAAUCACUUAAUUUUUUCAAUCAAUUUUUUUUUUGGUUUGACCCCAGCAGUGUGAAUGAAACUUUUUGAUUUUUUGACAAUGUUCUUUUAGCAGUCUGUCUCUUCCUCAUGUGUGAGAUUGUUAAAAGCAUUUAAUAGUAGCAUAAGCGAUGUUGCUGGUGCAUGUCUUGUCUAUGUAUAUAUGGAGAGACUAGAGAGAGAGAUGAACAAUAUGCCUCUCAUCUUUUAAAAUCACUGGUCGCGGGUGGACUCAAUAUAUGAGUGAGCAUCAGUUUGAUUCAAAA